AAGACCAAGAGGAAGAAGAAGUAGAAGAAAAACAAAACAAUAUGCCGAAAAACAAAGGAAAGGGAGGCAAGAACCGGAAGAGGGGGAAGAACGAAGCCGACGACGAGAAGCGCGAGCUCCUCUUCAAAGAGGACGGCCAGGAAUACGCGCAGGUCACACGCAUGUUAGGCAACGGCCGAUUGGAAGCCAAGUGCCACGACGGCGUCGCCCGCCUCUGCCACAUCUCCGGCAAGCUACACAAGAAGGUCUGGAUCGCCGCCGGCGAUAUUCUCCUCGUCGGGCUAAGGGACUACCAGGAUGGCAAGGCUGAUGUCAUCCACAAGUACAUGCCCGACGAGGCACGGUUGCUCAAGGCUUAUGGGGAGUUGAAUGACAGUUUCAGGCCGAAUGAGGGCGGCAAUGAUGACGACGACGACAACAAUGGCGAUGGUUACAUAGAGUUUGAGGAUGCUGAUGUUGAUAAAAUUUGAGUUUUGUCCUGCUGGGAUCAUUUUUUGUUUUGUUUUGUUUUAUAGUCUUUGAUGUACUAGUACUGUUCCCAUUAUUUAUCUAAUAAUGAGAAUUGUUCAGUUGAUCAAAGAGAUUUUAUUUUGUUAUAUAUUGAAUUAUCAAAUCUAUAA